AUGGAGUUUACGAGGCGUUACAUGCCAAUGGAAUGGGAAGAGCGGUGGAAGAAAGAGAAAGAGAGAAGGAGAAGAGUGGUUGAAGAAGGAGGAGAAGGAAUUGAGCGGGAUAACCGUGAGUUGAGGAGGAUCGUGGCCUACAAUGACACGAGAAUGGGGCUAGUAAGUGGGAGCAAUGAGCAAGAGGGGUCAGAGGUCAACAUGAGGUAUGCCAGUGUAACUAGUCAAGAGGGAAGUGGAGAGAAUAACAGAGUGGCUGCAUCUGGAGAUAGUGUCGAAGUGGAUGAAGUCCACACAUGCAGCAGAAACAACUAUCCAAAAGAGGUUCUCCAGGUUUUGAAGGAGUUCAGGGAUUCGUCUCUCCUCACUGACCUGACUCUGAGCACUGAGGAUGGGAAGACAUUCAGUGUGCACUCUCCUGUCCUGGCCGCUGUCAGCUCCCUUAUCCAGGAGAGACUGAAGGAAAGGCACUGGGAAAGACAAGAUGAGGAAAUCAGCAUGGAAGCCCAUGAGUGGUCAAUGUUCCUGGGCCCUGAGGUGGAUCAUGUGGGGCUACAGGCAGUUCUGGAGUUUGCCUACACCGGAGCCAUAUUAGCUUUGAACAUGGACACUGUGGCUCAGAUAAAGGCUGCAGCUCAAACCCUGGGAGUCCUCAGAGUGCUGGAUCUCUGCAAUGAAGAGGAGACGAUGAGGGAGGGUGGAAAUCCAAAGAAACAAAAGAAAAAGAUCUCUGCUGCAGAGCAGGUGAAGGUCACUCUGCAGUCCAUCAGACAGCUCUGGGCAGAGAGAGUGGGCUGUGAUGUUAUUUUGGAUGUGGAUGGGGAAUUAUUCCAUGUCCACAGGGUUAUCCUGGCCGCCAGCAGUGACUACUUCCGGGGAAUGUUCACUUGUGGGAUGAGGGAAUCCCAUCAGCCUUGUGUGACCCUCCCCUUCCUGCCGGCCUCUGAGUUACAGGUUCUGAUUGGCUGCUCCUACAGUGGGACCCUCUCCCUCAGUUGGGAAUGUGUCUUUGAGAUCACCUGCACUGCCCUCCAGCUCCAGUUCCAGCCCGCCCUCUCACUUUGCCUUGACUUCAUGCGAUGGGAAAUGAACACAAACUCCUGCCUGGAUGUGGCAUCUUUCGCUGAGGCCUAUGGGAUGUCAGAGCUCCUUGAAGAAGCCAAUGACUUUGUCCUGAGAAACUUCUGGGACGUGUCGUCCACGGCUAAGUUUCAGGACCUACCGGCUGAGAAGCUUCUGGACUUUGUCUGCUGUGACGGUCUGUGUGUGCCCUCUGAGUUGGCUGUAUUUCGUGCUGUGGUCUCCUGGGUGGGGGCUGAUCCCGAGGAGAGGCUCAGCCAGGCCAACUCCCUGAUGAAGGGAGUCCGCUUUCCCCUCAUGACCUUUCGAGAGUUCAGGGAGGUCAGGGCCAUCAACCUGCGCAUGGAGUGCACUGGAAGCAAAGAGAUUGAACUCUAUGGCUCAGCGCUGAAGGAAUUUGGCUUCAGCCUACCAAAGACUGAGGAUCAGUGUCGCAUCAGGCAUCCCAAAGAGGCCCUGGUUCUGGUCGGUGGAGACCAGCUGAACCCAGACAUGGGUCAGCGUGUACCCAGCAGGGAACUAUGGUUUGCUAACUCUCUGCGCAGUGGAACAGGUCUGGUGAAGGAGAUGGAGUGGAGGAGGCUGGCAGAGAUACCAGACAAGCCAAAGUUCAGACAUGGAGUCGGUGUUUUGGAUGGGAGGCUGUAUGUGGUUGGGGGAUGUGACUUUUACGCCAAGGAUGACACAAUGAAAUCUGCCUACAGAUAUGACCCCAAGCGUGGCUGCUGGAAGAGGCUGGCUGACAUGCAGGAGUUUAGAAGUAACUUCCCAUUGGUGGCACGAGGGGAUCGGCUUUACGCCAUUGGAGGUGACAAAGAGCUCAAUACCAAUGUAGACAGUGUGGAGGAAUACAACCCUGACUCUGACUCCUGGGGCUAUGUUCAACCCCUGGACCAGCCUCUGAGUGGACAGGCUGUUGUGGUCUUAAACGGAGAGAUCUUCAUCUCAGGAGGGUUCAACUGCAAGUACGAAUGUCUGGUUUCCAUGUUCCUGUACCACCCGGAGGGAGGAACCACCUACUUGGCAGACAUGACCCAAGACCGUGCCCAACACUGCAUGGAGGCCCUGCAUGGUCGUCUGUAUGUCGCAGGCGGGGUGUGUAACUUGAGGAAGUUUUACACCGACCAACAGGCCUGUGAGGUGUAUGAUCCGGUGUCCGACUCCUGGAGCAUGUUCACGCCGCUGCCUGUGCCCCAUGUUGGUGCAGCCUCUGCUGUCCUAGAGGGAAAGGUGUACAUCAUGGGAGGGUACUGCCAGGAGGACUACAGCGAGUCUGGACUGGUCCACCGGUACGAUGCCAGCACUCUGCGGUGGGAGAACAUGGGCAAAAUGCCAGGGGCUAUUACUGACAUACGGGCCUGUCUACUCAGUCUGCCCCAGCACCUAAGGCAAUAA